AUUGAUAUUUGAUGAUUUACAAAGUAUUGUCACAUUUUGUAAACAAACCUUGAUUAUUUUUAACACGUCGCACAACUGAAUUUUGUAGUGUGCUUCUAUAUAGCUUUUCUCAAAUAGAAAGGGAAAAAAUAAACAGAACCAAAAUGCCAGAAACCACGGAAGAAGAGGUGGGUAUGUCGGUUCGACUGACAAACGAUGACUUUCGGAAGCUCUUGAUGACCCCAAGAGCAUCGGUGCCGUCGGCCACCCCAGCUUCACUGCCUGGCACAGCGAGAGAUGCCAGCGCAAAGACCGCUCAGACACCCCAGGUUAGCGGAGGCAGUCGGGCGGAAUUGCGACGAAAGAAGAAGAGUUUUUACGCAAAACUGAAGAAACAGGAAGAAGACAAAAUGGCAGAGCUAGCGGAGAAGUACAGGGAUCGUGCCAGGGAGCGCAGAGAUGGCACUAAUCAGGAUUAUCAAGCGGAAGAUCCCAUGAACAAUGCCAGCGCUUAUCGAGCUGUUGCGCCAGAUCUGAAGUCUGGCAUGGAUGCAGCAGAACGCAGAAGACAGAUGAUCCAACAGUCUAAAUUCUUAGGUGGUGACAUGGAACACACUCACUUGGUCAAAGGCUUGGAUUACGCUCUUCUGCAAAAAGUACGCAGUGAGAUCGAAGCUAAAGAACACGAACAGGAACAGGAAAUGGAGAAGCUGGUGAAGCCAAAAGAGAAGUCAAAGAAAGAACCGGAGUCGAAGAAAGACGACGAGAUGCAGUUUAAAACAAAGAUCGGUCGAAAUGUGUACAAAACUGUAAUGACCAUGAAGUCCAAGCAGAUCGAACGGAACGAGCUGUUCACUCCGGGUCGCAUGGCUUACGUAAUCGAGCUGGAUGACGAAAAUGCUGACGUAGACAUUCCAACAACGCUGAUCAGAAGUAAGGCAGAUGUGCCGACGAUCGACAAUACACCGACACUCACAACCAAUGACAUAGUGAUUAACAAACUGGCUCAGAUUCUGUCGUAUCUGCGCCAGGGUAGUCGGCACAGCAAGAAGAGUAAGAAACUCAAAGACGGACGUGUGCGCGGCGACGAGCUUAGCGACAUGAUAGAUAUUCAUCCGCGACCACCGGCUGCCGAUGACAGUAUCUACGGCGACAUCGGCGACUACGUGCCGACGGUGGCAAGCAAGAAAGAUGGGCAGUCGCGCGAGAAGAAGAAGAGUUCGUACUUUGACAAACCCGAAUCGAACGCGGACACAGACGACAAGGCGAAUGCGCCCCAGCUGCCGAGCGUGUUGCAACAGAAUGCGACGCCCGUCGCGGCCGACAGCAACGCGCCGAAGAAGGGCGCGCUGUUGAACAAAUUGGCGGCCGAGCCAGAAGGAUACGCGGAGUGUUAUCCGGGUCUGGACGAGAUGCAGGACGCGAUUGACGACUCGGACGACGAAGUGGAUUACACAAAGAUGGACCUGGGCAACAAGAAGGGCCCAAUUGGCCGUUGGGAUUUCGACACUCCCGAGGAGUACAGCGAAUAUAUGAACAACAAGGAGGCGUUGCCGAAGGCGGCGUUCCAGUAUGGGGUGAAGAUGGCCGACGGCAGACGCACCCGAAAAUACAAUAAAGAAAAGAACGAGAAAGCAGAGCUCGACCGCGAGUGGCAGAAGAUCCAGAACAUCAUGAACAAACGGAAACCAACGACAGCGAUCGAGGGUUCGUCCGAGUUCAAAGUACCGCGCUAUUGAACCGUCAAUUAGCAACUUAUAUAUUACAUGUUCGACUUAUAUAUAUAUACAUUUCGACUUAUUGUGUAGGCUAUUGUCCAUAUUAGAUCGUAACGCUAGAAGUGGGAAAAAACUCGUGUCUCAAUGAAAUUAUUUCUAUAUUGUACAAAUGUACAAAAUCUUCUCUCUCUCGUACCGAGUCUUUUCUUAUAGCAGAUUUUUCUCUGGUGAAACAAAUGAACCAAAGUAAUUGUUGCACCACAGAAGCUUUGUUUAAGUUGUAGUUAUGUUAUGUGCAAAAAUGCAAAAUAUAGCGACCCGAGCACCGCAAACGAGAUAUGUGUAUAUUUUGUAUUCUACAUAUGACGAGAAUCGCGUAUAUUGUAUUAAUAUAUUGUUAUAUUAAGUCCAGGAAUUUUUAUUAUACACGACUAGCGCGUGAUACAUGUAUUUAUAUUUAUAAGUGCGUUGAUACUCCGAAAAUAGUAAUGUCGCACAUUGCUUGAUUGAAACAAAAUGGUCUAUUUGUCAAUCGAAGAGCUUUACUCUUUGUCUAGUUCGAAGGAGAUAUAGAUUUUGUCGUCCGAUACAGAUAACUCGAUUCUUUAUGAAGUAAGGUCGUUAGUAACUAAAUGAUAUAACAUCACGAUCGGCUGUUUCUGCUGUGUCACGAAUACGCAAAUCGAAUAACGCUGAGCAGAGCGUUUACACGUAUCUGAUAUUCAGUGGUAAAGAUCGUCACCCCGACUACGCGCGGAAUGACCCAAAAACCAAUUCGAAGCAGUUCAGCGGAGACGAUUAACAAAGAGGAAACCCCCAGUUUUACUAGCGAGAUCUUUUACCUAUUUACAUUUGGAUUAUCCCGGGGACCAGAUUGAACCGGUUCGGACUCAUAGCGAGUGGCUCCGGUUACAAGAGGUUAUCAGACGUUAUUUGCGUCAUAGAAAGCAUUUUUUCCGUGAACCGUUGUCUUAUAAUUACACAAAUAAUUUAGGAACACACCGAGUGAUGCGCACUUUUGUUCAAAGAGGAAGUAAUAAAACAUUUGUAAAUAUUUCUCUAAUGGUAAGUCCAUUUAACAUUGUAAAAUUAAUUAAAUAUAUAUAUCAAAGAAAAAUACAA